GCCUGGACAAUGGCAGCAUUCUUGCAGUGGAGGCGAUUUGUGUUUUUCGAUAAAGAAACGGUCAAAGAUCCGAGUGAAAAUGGGAAGAAUUUCCAACUACCGAUGGGUAUAUCGGCCUCUGAUUCAGGCCGAGGACAUAUUGUGCUUGGAGAUUUGGAUGGACAGAUCUGGUUUCUGAGCCGCUCCCUGCAGCUUUCUAGCUUUCAAGCUUAUAAGAUGCGUGUGGCUCACCUGUACCAGCUGAAACAGCACAACAUCCUGGUGUCAGUGGGGCAAGAUGAGCCGGGCAUCAAUCCUCUGGUUAAAGUAUGGAACCUUGAUAAGAGGGACAGCGGCAGUCCCCUGUGUACCAGGAUAUUCCCUGCCAUACCUGGAAACAAACCCACUGAAGUGUCAUGUCUUAGUGUACACGAAAACCUAAAUUUCAUGGCCAUUGGUUUUACAGAUGGCAGUGUUGUGCUGACAAAGGGUGACAUCACCAGAGACAGACACAGCAAAACUAUCAGCCUCCAUGAGGGCAACUGUCCAAUCACAGGGCUGGCUUUCCGGCAGGCUGGCAAAGUCAUACACCUAUUUGUUGCUAUGUUGGAAAAAGUACAGUGUUACACGUUGUCAGUGAAAGAGUACCCUCGUAUACAACUGGACACACAUGGCUGCCCUCUCCACUGCUCGGCACUCACAGACCCCUCACAGGACUCACAGUUCAUAGUGGCUGGAGAUGACUGUGUGUAUUUGUACCAGCCGGAUGAGAGAGGACCCUGCUUUGCUUUCGAUGGGCACAAGCUUCUGGCUCAGUGGCACAGAGGAUACCUACUGCUGCUAACGCACAAUAACAAGUCACCUAGCAAAUCUGAUUAUGGUAGCAGAGAGACAUCCCCCACAGAAAAGCACAUCCUUACAAUUUACGACCUGGACAACAAGUUUAUAGCAUAUAGUGCCACAUUUGAUGAUGUUGUUGACGUUCUGGCAGAGUGGGGGUCUUUCUAUGUCCUAACGAGAGACAGAAAUGUGUAUAUGCUGCAAGAAAAGGACACACAGACCAAGUUAGAGAUGCUGUUUAAGAAGAACCUAUUUGUGAUGGCCAUUAACUUGGCUAAGAGUCAACACUUGGACAAUGAUGGUCUGUCGGAGAUAUUCAGACAGUAUGGAGACCAUCUCUACCACAAAGGAGAUCAUGAUGGAUCUAUACAACAGUAUAUUCGCACUAUUGGGAAGCUUGAGCCAUCGUAUGUAAUCCGAAAGUUUUUGGAUGCACAGAGGAUACAUAACUUGACAGCGUACUUACAGGCUCUCCAUAGGCAGUCACUGGCGAACGCUGACCACACUACUCUGCUGCUUAACUGCUACACCAAACUGAAGGACAGCUCCAAACUGGAGGAGUUCAUAAAGUGCAAAGAAGGUGAGGUGCAUUUCGAUGUCGAGAUUGCCAUCAAAGUGUUGCGCCAGGCUGGUUAUCACAGUCAUGCCGUGUUUCUGGCAGAGAGACACAUGCAUCAUGAAUGGUAUCUGAAGAUCCAGCUUGAUGAUUUGAAGAAUUAUCAGGAGGCUUUGCGCUACAUUGGAAGGUUGCCAUUUGAGCAGGCAGAGAGUAAUAUGAAGCGUUAUGGUAAAACUCUGAUGCACCACGUGCCUGAGAGCUCCACCAUCCUGCUAAAGCACCUUUGCACAGACUACCACCCCAGCAAAGACUCAACUGACAGGGACAGUGUGGACAGGAGUGCAGGGAACAAGGGUAAUCCAGAUGAGUUCAUUCCUGUCUUUGCCAAUAACCCACGAGAACUGCGAGCAUUCCUGGAACACAUGAUAGUGGUGGAUCCGUUCUCUCCUGAGGGAGUAUAUGACACUCUGCUAGAGCUCAGAUUGCAGGACUGGGCGCAUGAACAGGACACAGAGAAGAAGAAGGUCCUGCAGGAGGCAGCAUUGUCCCUGCUGAGGAGUGACACCACUGUGUUUGACAAGGCCCUGGUCCUCUGCCAGAUGCACAACUUCAAAGAAGGAGUGCUGUAUCUUUAUGAAAAGGGAAUGCUGUACCAGCAGAUCAUGCAUUACCACAUGCAGAACGAGGAAUAUGGAAAAGUUGUGGAGGCUUGUAAGUGCUAUGGGGACAAGGAAGUGUGUUUGUGGGAACAAGCACUGGGCUAUUUUGCCCGCAAAGAAGAAAACUGCAAGGCGUAUAUUAGCGAAGUCCUGCAGCACAUUGAUAAAAAUAACCUGAUGCCUCCACUUCUGGUGGUGCAGACCUUGGCCCAUAACUCCACAGCCUCACUGUCAGUCAUUAAAGACUAUUUAAUAAAUAAACUGGAGAGAGAGACACAACAGAUUGAGGAAGAUGAAAGGAAGAUUCGACAGUACAGAGACGAGACGGCCCACCUCCGUGCUGAGAUACAAGAACUAAAAUCCUGUGCAAAGAUUUUUCAGAAGACCAAGUGUAGUAUGUGUAACAGCCCACUAGAGUUACCAUCUGUGCACUUCCUGUGCGGCCACUCCUUUCACCAGCACUGCUUGGAGAGCUACGCUGAAAGUGAGGUGGAAUGCCCCACCUGCACCCCUGAGAACAGGAAGGUCAUGGAUAUGCUGCGUGCUCAAGAUCAGAAACGAGAUCUGCAUGACCAUUUUAACAGACAGUUAAAUAGUUCUAACGAUGGGUUCGCAGUCAUCGCUGACUAUUUUGGCCGGGGAGUGUUUAACAAACUCACUCUGAUAACGGAUCCUCCCGGAGGCAAGAGUGGAGCUGGGAAUCUGGAGGCUGAAUUCCAAAGAGAUCUGCUCAUAAACACCAAGAGGAAUGCUUGAGCUGGACUGCAAUCGAAAUUGAGCCGUUUAUUCAUUAAACUUCAUUACAAAUUAAGCAAUUUAUUAUUAAGCAGCCCUGAGCAAAGCUUAUCUGGGGUUAGAUUUCUGUCUCUACAGUGGUCUUGGUAUGAAUAUGUGGAAUACAUAAAGCUGAUCAAGAAACAGCUCUACACUAAUUUAACACCCUUUGAACAAAUCAACAUAAACUCUCUCUCCAAUUGAUGCUGAGGUCUAUACAGGCUGGAUAGUAGAGAGCAAGAUGGAAGCUCUUGUUGAAUGAUUUAAUGCAUCUAAUGAUUUAAUGUCUGCAAGAUCAGAUCAACAUAAGGAGGAAAUAGAGAUAACAUCAAGUAUCAAAAACAGGACCUUUGUAGAUGAAGAAGAUAAUGUGCAUGGACUUGCACUUUUACACUGUUCUUUACCCUUUCAAGCCUAUACUUAAACCUGCACAACUGUUUAGCAGCCCUUAAGGAGGUAUUUGUGAGAUUUUAAGUAAUGCAGCCCUUCAUUACUGUAGAUCUGUAACAUAGAAACAAUUUGCUCUCAAGUCAACAAUAAUCAAUGUCAAAUGCCUGUUAAAAUGAGUGUAAUUAAUAUAAACAAAACAAGAUUAUUGUUCACUAUAUUAUUAUUACACUUCUCAGAUGUUUGUUGAGAUUGUUCUUAAUUUGUCAUGUAUUUAUAAAAGACUGGCAAAUAUUUACUCAGUAUUUUAUUUUAAAUUUAUAUCAGUAUUUUACAGUAUAUGGCAAAGUGCUAAACGUGGGCAUGGAGAAAAUUUUGUAUAUGUGUGUAUAUGUCAUGCUAAACAUUGAGUACAAAUGCCACACUAUAUGAAAAUCCUUGAUGUGCAUUCAUAAUGAAAAUAUUUGAAGUCAGAAAUCAAAGACAAGAGCCUUGCUGACUGAGCAAAUUUGCCUUCAUUCAUAUAUACCUUCAAGAAACAGUUUCUAGUUUUCUAAAAAGAUAGUGUAGUUUAGAAUUGUCAUAAGCAAAGCUAAACAGCUGAGGUGGGAAGAAAAGUAUCUGAUAACCACAUCCUGUUCUCAAGAGCUGAUCCAUCAACUGCUGUGUGAGUUUGUUAAGCUCUGUCAAAGCUGGCAUUGGUUAUUGCUUUAAAAUAAUUUAUCUGAUUUUUAUGGCCUUUCUGCAACAGAUCAUAGAAAGAUGACAGCAAAUGAUGGGGAGAGGAAGAGGAAAAUAUGAGUCAGACUUCAACUUGCAUUGUAUGUGGAAAACAUGCUAACCAUUGAACGGAAUCUUCAAGAGUUUAUCCACCACUGAGAUGUCGGUGCU